CUCUCUAUAUACCUCUUUAUAGCUUUCUCUCUCUAACGGCGAAGCAAUGGGUUAUCCGGUGGGUUACACUGAGCUCCUCCUCCCAAGAAUCUUCCUUCACUUACUCUCUCUCUUAGGCUUAAUCCGAACACUCAUAGACACCGGUUUCCGGAUACUUGGUCUACCCGACUUCCUCGAAUCCGAACCGGUUUCUACGUCACAAUCUUGGCCGGAACCACCGUAUGUUUCCUCCACGGCGGUGCAUCAUCACAACCAAGAAAACUCAUAUUUCUUCCCCGUGGCGGCGAGGCUAGCCGGGGAAAUAUUACCGGUUAUCAGAUUCUCGGAGAUAAACCGACCAGGAUUCGGAUCCGGAUCAGACUGCUGCGCCGUGUGCCUCCACGAGUUCGAGAACGAAGACGAGAUCCGACGGCUGACGAACUGCCAGCACAUAUUUCAUCGGAGCUGUUUGGACCGUUGGAUGAUGGGUUAUAAUCAGAUGACGUGUCCGCUUUGUAGAACGGCGUUUAUUCCUGAUGAGUUACAAGUUGCUUUUAACCAACGUGUCUUGUCUGAAUCUGAACUCCUCAGCUGAAUCUACGACUUUAGAAUCUUUAAUUUAUCAAGAACUACUUAGAAUCUUUUUUGGAUGGAAUUAAUUAGUUUCUACAAAUGAGAAUAUAAUUUCUUUCUUUUUUGUGUAUUUUUUUUGUUUUGUUUUUUUGCUUUAAUAUUUAGCUGGGUUGAGUGGUUGAUAUGUAUGUAAAUAUAAAAUUAUAGAUGGUGCAAAGUAAAAUUAGAAGGAUGGAAAUAUGUAUUAUCCCACUGAGGGAAAAGAAAAAGAAAAAGAAAAGAAAAAGUUUAGUUUUUACUA